AUGUCAUACGCUACACCCGCUGGUUCGGGUUCAGCAGGCUCAAGUCGCAGAGCUAGCGGUGAAGAGUUUCGACAAACAAAAACACAGAUCAAUAACAAUGUUGCCAAGACUCCAGAAUCGACAACAGAUGCUAAUGCUAAUAGAAAGUCAUCGACGGGCUCUACUCCCCGUACCCAGAAACAGCUCGAUCUGGCCGAGGCAGAAGCAAAGAAAAGAAAGAUACAGAGAGCAUGCGAUGCUUGUAGAAGGAAGAAGAUAAAGUGUGAUGGACCCAUGAACAGUCUUAGCACAAGCAAGUGCGCUCACUGCCAAGAGUAUGGUCUGGAAUGUACUUAUGUGGAAGCUGCUAAGCGUAGAGGACCACCUAAAGGGUACCUAGAAACGCUGGAGCAACGUUGUGGCAGAUUGGAGAGGAUUCUAAAUCAGCUCCAUCCAUCCGUUGAUAUCAACGAGUAUAUUGGACCUGCACUCGAUAGAGAAGAGUUUGACCUUUCUAGCUACCAAGAAAGUCUGCGAACACUUCACAUACCGCCUUAUCCGUCACUAAAACCCUUACCAAUAGCCAGCUCUUCUCAAACUUCUUCUGGGAAAUCUUCCUUAUCCCCUCCUGCUCUCGGUGCAGGCUCCCCUUCCGUCCAAGUAUUGGGAUCAUCGCCGUGGAAAGCAUAUGAGAGAGACCCCGCAAGACCGCCCGAUGACGAUGAAGCCGCAGAUCGUGCUGAAUUGCAUCAGGAAAUCGUAAAAGGGAUGAGUAAGCUCAACGUUAGAGAUACGGUAUGGAGAUAUCAUGGUAAAGCUUCCGGUGCACACUUGAUGAGAACCUUUCACGAACUCAAGAAUGAACAUCAAGGUAUGGGCGAUCAUAAGGAUUUCGUGGAAGAGGUGAACAAGCAUAAAAGACCCAAGUAUUGGCAACUGCCAGAAUGGGAAUUGGUCAUCGCGAACGAAGGUAUACGGUCAUUAGAUCUUUCAUUAUGGCCUGACGACGAAUUCGCCAUUCAGCUCAUUGAUGCUUAUUUCGAUCAUCUUAAUAUUCAUCUUCCCUUACUAAACCGAAAAUUAUUCAGAAGGCAGUAUGAUUCUGGCAUGUGGAAAACCAAUACUUGGUUCGCUAAAGUCUGUCUCAUGAUUUUUGCCAAUGGAUCAAGAUUUGUAGACGACGAUAGAGUUUAUUGGCCGGUCGAUUUGGCGCUAACUGAAGAAGGGAAAGAACGAUUGCGAUCUGAUAAAGAUGGAACCUUACGAUAUUCUGCUGGUUGGAAAUACCUUCACGCUCUACUUCGUAUGGGAAGAAGCAUUAUGCAAGGCCCAAACUUAUACGAAUUUCAAACUCAGAUUCUUUUGUGCAGCUUCCUCAAUGGAAGUGCCGUCCCACAUUUGAUGUGGAUUUUGUCGGGAGUCGGUUUACGUUCAGCUCAAGAGAUUGGUAUCCACGUACGAUCAACAUUGCUUCACGUUGAACCCAUCGAACGAGCUUUGUACAACCGUGCCUUCUGGUGCUUGUAUCACAUUGACCGAAUCAAUUGUGCUGGUAUCGGUCGAUCUGUUGCUCUGCAGGAUACCGACUUCGAUGCCGACUAUCCUGUCGAUGUGGAUGACGAGUUUUGGGACACGGGUGAUCCAGAUAAGGAUUUUAUACAACCUAAAGAUGCUGGAUUGUCGACCAUUGCGGCGUUCAUUCAAAAUCUCAAACUGGAUCAUAUCAUAGGUGCUACUCUACGUACAAUCUACGCCAUCAACAAACUACCUGAACAUCAUGCUGAUGUUUCCGCGCAAUACGCUGUUGUUGCGGAACUCGAUUCAGCACUAAACGCAUGGGCAGAUGGAGUACCAGGUGAAUUGAGAUGGGAUCCAUCAAGAAUAGAUUCCGAACGGUUUCAACAAUCUGCUCUGUUAUACGUGCAUUAUUACUACUGUCAAAUUCUUAUACAUCGACCUUUUAUCCCUACGCCAAAGAACCGAGACCUGGGUGGACCAGCUGUUCUACCUUCUCUGGCAAUCUGCGCCAACGCAGCUCGAUCAAUCUGUAAUAUCGUUGAUGUUUCUCUACGACGCGGCAGAUUGGAGGGUGCUUUGCCCGGUAGAUCCUUGCCCAUAGGCUUCUUACUUCCUUGCUGGGUUGCAGGGAUUGUUCUCCUCAUCAACAUUUAUUCGGGUAAACAAUCACCCGCAGAAAGAGAAAGAUCUAUAGCGGAUAUCAAAAGAUGCAUUGCAGCUGCUAGGGAAAUGGAAAUGGUGUGGAGACAAGCUGGUAAAAUGACAGAUAUGAUGACUGAAUUAGCUGCAGAAACAGAUAUGCCAAUUGCGGAAACUACAUCUCAUGGAGAGAAGAGGAGUCAUGCAGCAGAGAAUGACAAUGACAAUGACGCCAAUCCGAUAAUCAGCAAUCCGUCUACAAUUGCUACUACUCAAGAUUGUUAUGCAACUCAGCACGAUCCAGCACAAGCGCAACAGCAACAGCAACCUCAGCAGCAACAGCAGACCAAAAGUGUACAAGUGAAACUUGGACCGUUCGGACCAAUGUUUGACGAAGAGAGAUUGGUAAAUGCUACUACUGCAACGGUACAUCAACAAGGCGAUAUGCAAGAUCCAUUCGGAAGUGGAACUGGAUUCUCGUCAGGAAAUAGCAGAACGGAUAGAAUACCAACACCUCCUGCUAUGUAUGGUGCUUAUCGACAAGGAAAACCAUAUAAUUCAAAUUCAAACCCAAACGAAAGUCCCGAUAUCUAUCCUUCGCCUGCUCGAACAGCCCCUUCUAAUUCCAUCACGCAAGGUAUCGAUAUCUUCUCGAAUUUGACUAAUCUCUCAACGAACCCCAUUGUAUCAAAUAUCAGUAAUCAGCAGAUCUAUAAUAAUACAACCAAUAUUAGUAACAUUGAUUAUAAUAAUAAUAACAACAAUAACUACUUAUCAAUCAACCAGAACCAGAACCAGAACCAGAACCAGAACCAGAACCAAACCCUAACCCAAACCCAGAACCAAAUACCUACAUAUCUGGAAGGUAAUAUGUCUAUACCUAAUCAAUAUGUCUCUGUAGUCCCAAACGAUAAUCUCAACAACAACGGAUCUUUCGAAAAUCAACUGUUUGAUUUCAGUUCGUCCGUUUUCGAAGUGGGUGGUCAGAUCGAAGAAAGCGAAAUAUGGACUCAAUUAUUCUCUGAUUACACGGGCCAAAACCUAGGUGGUGGUGGUGAUUGGACAUGGAAUGGUAGUGGUGUUACUCCACAAACGCAAUUCAAUCAAUUUCCACAAAGUCCGUUGAAUCAGCAGCAACAAACCCAGCAACAACAACAACAGCAGCCGCAGCAGCAACCACCACAAGGAUGGUAG